ACUUGACAGGUUACAGGGUGGGAGUCCCGGUGACAGGCAGAGUCUGGAGAUCCGGGAGCGGAGCGCCUGAACAGAAGCGCCCGACAGCAGCGCACGCCCAUCGGCUUUCAGGUGGAGGCAAAAGACCGCAGAGAGGACGAAGGAGACAGACUCAUAAAUUUAAUCCGAGAUGGCACUUGCCAAAGAUCCAGCGGGCCUGGAGCAGAGAGAUGCAGCCGAUCAGAACUUUGACUAUAUGUUCAAGCUGCUGAUCAUUGGUAACAGCAGCGUGGGGAAGACCUCUUUCCUGUUCCGGUUUGCAGACGACACCUUCACUUCAGCCUUUGUCAGCACAGUGGGCAUUGACUUCAAAGUAAAGACCAUCUACAGGAACGACAAGAGGGUCAAACUUCAGAUCUGGGACACAGCAGGACAGGAGCGUUACCGGACCAUCACCACAGCGUACUACAGAGGAGCAAUGGGAUUCCUGUUAAUGUACGACAUAACAAGCCAGGAGUCUUUUUGUGCUGUACAGGACUGGGCAACCCAGAUCAAGACAUACUCGUGGGGUAAUGCUCAAGUAGCGCUGGUAGGUAAUAAGCUGGACCUGGAAGAAGACAGGCAGGUCCCCACUCAAGACGGCAAAAGGCUGGCUACAGAACUUGGCUUUCAGUUCUUUGAGGCAAGCGCCAAAGACAACAUCAACGUGAAGCGUUUUGACAAGCUGGUGGACGUCAUCUGUGAGAAGAUGAACGAGAGCCCCAACGGAGAUGCCGGUCAUUCGGCCAAUCACAAGGGAGCUGACCUGAAUGAAACACCCCGCAGCAACCAGGGGGGCUGCUCAUGCUGAUUGCAGACAAAUGAAAGCUGGUUUCAAAGUCACACACACAUACACGGAUAUACUGUCCAAGAUCUCUCAUCGUGAAUGUACUUAAACUUAUGUUACUGCAAUACUGUCAUGAAUGCUUGACCUCCUUUUUGUUGUAUCUUUUCCAACAUGCUGACUGCAGAACUACAGAUUAUUUGAAUGUGACUGUUACACUGACAUGCCAAAGAGCUGCACUGAGCGGCUGUGCCUUUGUCCCCUAAGACACCUGCGCUUUAUUGUUUCUUAACUGUAGGAUGAGCAGCACCUGUUACAGGUGUGGAUGUGAAUGACAGCCUGGAGCCAAAUCAGCAAGGCAUGUGAUUUACUUGAGUCGUACUGCCCUCUUGUGGGCGUUGCAUUAAAAUACAUCACUGUGUAUACUUAAGAUUUCCUCCUCUAGUCCUGCUGAGUGAGAGGACUGCUCAGUAAGAAGUCAAACAUAGCUGAAAAGGUGCUGUGUCAUUCCAGGUUUACGUACGUAGUCCUGAAUACUUAUUGUCAAUGUUUCAGAGGGAUAUUCUCAUCUGCCUUAUAUUUAUAUUUUCUGUUGUUGGUGAUAUGUUUUUCUUGUUGUACCUGUAGAGGGUCAAUGCAAGUUCAAUAUUUCCAUCUUAGUUUUAUUUUUUUCCCUCAAAGAGUUCAGAUUAAAGAUGUGGACCC